GUAGGAUAUUUAUGUUUAACUAGGGUUAAUAGGGAUAAUUAGGAGAAAAAUUUGUGAUGUAAUCAUCUCUUGUGUUGAUCACAUGACAAGGGAAUGAAAACAACAACACAAGUGGUCAAGGGCAGAGAGUACGUUUUAGAAAUAUCGAGAAAACAUCAAAAUUAUCAAAGAUAAACAACAACAGAAAAGUCAAAUAAGGUAAGAUAUAUGUUGCUAAAUAAAAAGUAUUUCAAUUCCGUACAUUAGGGGAAUACUCGUCGUUUUAAUCAUUCACAAUUGCUGAAUUGCGAAGCUCCGCACGUUGGGCAAACUAAUUUCGCGGCUUUUUUAUCUUUGCGAAUUGUGAUUAAAUUUCCAGCAUGAUUGCCGUAGUAAACUGGCGGUUAGUCUAGAGAAAACGUAUUCUUUAUGAAGUGUACUAAUAGUGAAUUUAAAACAGAAAUAUCUUAGACAGAGAUCCAAAAUAUCAAAAUUUUGGCCUUCUGUUUUUUAUAAACGACAACACAAUGCUGUAUAUAUUUUGAUGGACUUUGUAGUUUGUAGAAGUACUACCUGUAAUUCAAUAUCCUAAACUCUAUUCACUUGUUGGUGACCUCUUUUAUAUCUCACUACUCAUGUGGCUUUAAAAAUAAAACAUUUCCUUUUUUAUAGCUGACAAAACAGCUUCUUUUCCAAAUGUCGACAGACGAAUAACGACGAAUGUAUCAAUAUUAAAAUAUAAAUUGCGUAUUACAAAUUCGGAGCGUCAAUCUGGCGGUCAAACCUUCGAUAACUUUAUUAGUUAAACAUGCCUAUGCCUAGACAUGUGUGUUUGUAAGGGUGUUUAGAAGAACAGUGGCAUUAGUUUUGAAGAAAAAUCGUUUUGGUAUAUUAUUACUGCUGUACAGUAUAUAAACGCCCAACACUUUAAUACCCAUUGAGAAAUAAAAUCAGCUAGCGUUAGACAUUCCUCAAAUACCAUAGUUAUUGGGAAUUCAGGGCAACAUGGAUUAAUGAGAGACCUGGUCAAAAAGUGUGAUAUUACAAUCCAUGAAUGGCAUAAGGGGUCGUCAACAAAUAGAUUUUUGUCCACCGAUUGCGGACUUGUUCUGUGAUCAUGGUGUGUCCCCCUCCCACUCCUCCAUCGCAGACCAACAUGGGAAAGUAUAAAUUAUCAGGAUUUUGGGCAUUUACACUUGACAGAGGGCCCCCUAUACUUUUUGCGUGAAGCGUGAAGGGCUUGUUUUACUUAGCCGUGAAAUGUGAUCAGGCCCCCUAUACUUUUUGCGUGAAGCGUGAAGGGCUUAUUUUACUUAGUCGUGAAACGUGAUCGAUGAUUUUCUUAAUCCGUGACUCGUGAAAAGGCAAAAUAUUUUUACGUGAAAGCACAUUGUGAAGAGGUAUAGGGGGCCCUCUUGACAGUAUUUAAAUUAAGAAUGCUGUUUUGACAACAAUUGUAGACCCAUAUAUAACCAUUUUUGAACUAUUUUAAUAAAUGUCUAAAUAGUGUUUUAUGGCAUACCAAGAGCUAUUUGUAAAAACCUAAAAAGAAAUUAAAUAAAAUACCUUUAAUUUUGUGACCAAAAAUGGCGAAUUUGAACAAAAAUCCCAAAACACAUAUCGCACCUGCAGUUUAUGUGCAUGUGUCAACAACAAAGGAUCACUGCCACAAUCAAAUACUCCAGCUCCGAAACUAAAUGUUUGGAUAAUGUUGAAUAAACGCUGUUGCAUUUAUGGAUAAUAUGCAAUGCUUUUUUACACACAUACUAAUUCAGAUUUCGUCCUCAUUUUGCUUUUCAUAGCGAAUUCAAAGCCAACCCCUGGAACAAGUCUGUGAUUGGUGGACAAAAUCUAUUUGUCAAUGGCACCUAAUAUGAUAAAAAGUUUAGGGUGCACUACUGCCUGCAACUUAUGUUGCCUUUGAUGAGUAAAUUUGUUAGUAUUUUUAAGUGUGCUAAUUUCAGUGUGUGCUGUGCCCACAAAUUCAGGAAUUGCCUGGGCAGGGUAAGCCACUGUAAGUUAGCCAUAAUAAUGCCACAAGUUAGUGUUUUAACAGGCAACUCCAUUAACAAGCCUUCACGUUUAAUGGCUAAAUUUAUAGGGGAACAUCCUGCUCCCUGCUUAAGUUUUCCAACUAAAAUAAUGGGAAAAGUGCCCUCUCUAUUAGGAAAAAUGCCCCUUAUAAAGAUGUACAGUAUUGCUCCCCCAAUUUGCAUAGUUUCCUAUGCCCUAUGUUUGUAAAAUAUCAGUUGGUGUUAACAGGCUCACAUUAUCAGGGAGGGUGAUUAAUAUGUUUUGUGAAAUAUAUCUAAAAAGUCGGUCUCGAAACCUGAAUGGGAUGAAAAAGUCGGUCCGGCUAAAAUCUGAAAGAUAUUAUCAUUUUGUGUCGAAAAAAGUAAUAGGUGGACAUUUUGGAAAUGGAAGUUGCAUAAACAUAAGAAAAAUGCGUACGCAUAUACAAAUUAGAGUUCACUGACAGAAACCAAGAGAUCAAUUAUAUUAUACUAGUAGCAAAAAUCAACUUCCGUGUUGCAACAGUUCAGCCAACGUAAUGCGAUCCGAUUACCUCAAGCCCCGCGGUGCAGUGAAAAUGCGCAUUGUUAGUCCACAUUAGUCUUGUCACAAAAGCUGAAACUUUGAUCAUGAAAGGCAGAAGUAAAUCAGCGGCGUAGCCAAGGUGGGAGCUUUGCAAUGGUCAGAAGGACUGCCCUUGUGGAAAGCUGAAAUCCGGGCAGAAGUUGGGGUGGGGGUACGAUGUGUGAAUAAUGAUACCCAUCUCUUCUGUUUGCCUUCCCUACCUAGAAUUCUAACUCCAGUAAAAAAUGCCUAUGGUUGUUUUAAAGCACAUUUGAACUUGAAUUUGCGUUCAAAGCAGCACUCAUGACGGACUUCUACAAAAACGAAGACAUCAUGCUAUUUUGCUGUUGUAUUUGCGUGCACAAUACAAUGUUUUACAUAAAUAUUUUUUCGAUCUAACAACAUUAGGCGACUUAAAAAUGCCUUUUUGUGGUUGUAACUGUUCUUCAAACCUCGUCCUAAAAUACGUGAAAUAGCAUCCUAAUGAAUCUAGAAAUUCAAAAAUUUUCCUCGCCUACGGCGCUCGCAUCCGAAAUCCAUAAAAAUUUUGCCUCCCCCCCCUCUCCGAAAGUUUAGACCACUGCAAAAGUUCUGAAAAACUGAACGUUUAUUUAAACUGUUGGAAUAGUAUCCCCGUCUUACCGUCCAUGCCCUUUAAAUAGUUGGCUUUUCUUACCAAACACAAAUACUACAAAAGUCGGUCCCAGAACAUAGGACCCCCCAAUUUUUUACGAAUGUGCGCCCCUGGGUGUUAAUUUAGUAGUUGGUUUUAAGGGCUAAUUAAUAGUCAAAAUACUGUAUAUAUCCAAUUGCCUGAUUUGCAGGCAUUAAAUCCUAAAAUCUAGUGAUGUAAACUUUCCAACUUUGGACCUGAAAGAUUCCACAUUCCUGAGGGGUCCCAGGGGUUUCCAGGGAACAAAGUAUAUUUUCAGUGGCAUAGUGCUCAUUGGGUAGGGUUAGUUAAAAAACUAAGGGCCCCCGACAGUUAGGGGCCACAUCACCCACGACCUAUCGCCCAGAAAAUUAGAAAAUGUAAAAAAUGCAGGUUAAGGAUCAAUGGGAAAAUGCAAAAUUAACAUAAAUGCUAAAUAAUAUAGCCUCCAUCGACAACGGUAGCUGAUUUUUUAAUUCCAUCUCAAAGUUGUUACAUGUGUUGGAGACUGUUAUUGUUAUAGACAUGGAAUUUUCCAGAACAUUUUAUAAAUAUUCAAUAUAAAUAUAAUAUGCCUAAGGGCCCCCUGUUCCUCCGUUACGCCACUGUAUAUUUUGCAAUGGAAACACGGUGACUAAGCCAAAGAAAUAGCAGGGAGUUCAAUAGUAGGGACCCAAAAUGGGGAACAAAGGAAAAAUUUCCAAGACAAUGCAGGAACACCAACCCACUUGAAGACCCUUAUUCCUAAGGGUAAUUGUAAAAAAUCCAGCAGAAUCACACAAAAAUAAUAAUUUUUAAUUAAAAACAUUCAAUUUACAAGAUCUUUGGAAAUACUGUUUAUAAAAAUUAGUGUUUUUAAUUCUAUAUUUAUUUUAUUAAUUAAAUUAACGUUCAUCUAAAAUUAUCAUAUUAUUAACUUUAUUUAGUACAUAAUAAAGUUGUUAAAAUCAUUAAAAAUGUCCAAUAAAGAAAUGUCCAAAAAGGAUCAAAUUAAUGGAUCCUUGCUGAUAUUGUCUCUAUAUCAAUGUUCCCCGCAUUACAGUGUACUCAUUUUUAACAUUCUUGAACCUCGAAUGCAUAGGAUCAGCAGUGCAGAUCUAAGGAUUGAAAAGGAUAUCACACAAAAAUUGACAUUUGAAAAAUACACAAAAUUUGGAAAAACUGGGAACUAAAGGAAUAACUACAGUAAAUAAUCAAUAAAUGAAAUUUUCUUGUGUUUUAGUGUCAUCAAAAUAUGUCAUCUGCUUCCGAAUCAUGCCAUCCAACACCCAAACAUUCUCCUGAAAAUGAAAUACCACAGGUAUGAAACAGAAAGGGUUCUUCAGGACUGUUACUGUAAAAAACCUGAACUUACCAUAAAGGUAGUUUCAAAACUCAAUCAUCUUGUCAGAUUUUUGGGGUUAUUGUAACUUAAGAAUGAAAUAAUAAGAGGUACAAAAUGUAUUCAGAUUGUGCCUUUUUGACAGCGGCACCUAAAAUCUGGAAUGAACUGCCGUAUGAUGUGUGAAAUGAAGGAAGUUAUUCAAAAUUUAAAUGUUUACUGAAGACACACUAUUUUCGAUUAGCUUUUAUCAGUAUUUUAAAACUAUAUAGUUUUACUCAGCAUUUUAAUCGCAUUUUAUUAUAUAAAGUAUAGUGCUUUAUAGAGAUUUCGAGCGCUGAUUAUUCAUGAUAAUCUCACAUUAUCACUUUUCAAUUAUCGCUUUUCUGUAAAAAUUAUCGCUUUUCACAGACUGUUCUUUAUAUAGUAAACAGAAAAAUACAUGGGUGCUUGGAAAUACCAGAUUUAUUUCUCAUGUUGAACAUGAUAUCUCACUCGUGAGAUAUCAUGUUCAACACUCGAAAUAAAUCUGGUAUUUCCGUGCACCCAUGUAUUAUUCUCUAUAUAUUUAACAUGAUUGUAAUUUAAUUUAUUUAGGUUCUAAUGCUCAUUUGAUCGUAUACAUAUGGAUAUUAGCACAAUAAAUUAUUAUAUUCAUUUUCCAUGUAUUUUUAUUCAUUAGCGCGGUUCUGUUAUUGGUGCCAUCAAGAAAGCAGUUUUUGUCAUAGGGACUGCAUUAAUUUUGUUUGGAACAAUUCGUAAUACCAUUACAUGGUGAGUGUGGGAUAAUACAUUCUAACUAAUGUUAUACAUGUACAUUUAUAUCUGUGUUUUUAGCUUGUUUAGGUUAUUAACUACUUGCCUUUGUCGUGUUUAGGUAUUUUGAGCUAAUAUGGGGAUCAUCAAAAGAUUUUUGGCAAAGUAAAUGGCAAACCAUCCAUGAUUUUGUUGAUGGUGAUGAAAAGGUGCUAUCUAUUAUUGGUAGGUUUAUGAAGUUAGUGUAGGUCAAUACAUACAAUACAUGCAUAUUCCUCAUGAAGUUGGCUGUGAUAUUUAGUUGAUGCUCAGAUGCUGGUAUGGCAGUAUUUGUUCUAAUGCUAUACAGGGUGUAUCAAAAUAAACGCAAUUCAUCUUUUGUGCUUUAUAACUUUCGAAAUACUAUAUCUAGUUGAACGCUUUUAGGCUUACUUCAAAGCCUGUUCUUUUCUCUUUCAAAAAAAAUAUUAUCCUUGUCUCCAAUACUAGUAAUAAUUGCACAGGAAACGAUUUAGUAAAACUUAUCAUUUUUAGUUGCUGUUUAAUUAUGCAAGUUUACUAUGUUAUUGUUUAGUCAGUUUAAAUGUUAGAAUUUUCUUCUUUAAACUUUAAUGUUGUCGUCACUACAUCUGGAAAACCACGUAAGAACAAAUUAAAAGUAUUUUAAAAGAGACCAGGUUGUUUGAAAAUCCUAAACGAAUGCUAACAAUCGUCAAAACAUUCUGGUGUCUGAGCCAGAGUGUCUUCGAAUUGCGAUGUAAUGUAAUGUAAACAGAAAUUAUAGCAAGUUGAUGUCAGUCAGCUUAGAUGGUCCAAGCCAAAAUUAUAUCACAUUUAAAGUUUCAAACUGAGUUAAAAAUAGUGGAAGAAAAGCCGUAAUUAUACUUAUUGUUACAAUCCGUUUAAUAAAAUGCAAAUUUUUUUCGUUUUAAUGAAAAAAUCAGUUAUUUUCAUGAGAACGAUUUGUUAUUCCAUCUCAAUUUUUUUAAUCUCCAAUCGCAAUAACCUAAAGCAUUAUUACCCGCGAACCAAUGAGUCAAAUUUAAGAAACAACCCACUGUUAGAAAGCUGAAUGGCUACGCUUUAAAAUGAAUCUAAACUUUAACGUUUUCGUCUAUUAUUUGUUUAGCAAUUUACAUUUCAGUCGAGGAUUGCGCUUUUUUUUAUACACCCUGUAUAUGGGUAUACAAUUAUGGUAUGGUUUACUGUAAGAUAUACUGUACAGCUAGGGUAGGGUGAGGCGAUUAAUCAGUAAACUGGAAAAAACUCAGUAAUAUUGAAAAAAAAUGGCACCUUGUCAAAAUCACAGCUGCGCUAGUUCAACUUUUUCUGAAUUUGAAUUUAAUGAAUUCGCCAAUGAAUAUUUACAUUUUCAAUGACAGGUGUUAUUACAGAUGUUAAAAACUUUCAAAUGUUAAAAACAUGAGAAAAUAGCACGCCUAAUGGACUGGCUUACAUACAGUAUUAAGGCAGUACUAUACCAUUAAUACAAUUGUUUUUAAAACUAAAAUCUUGAACAUAUAGCAUGAGGUUUAAUCUACUGUAGUAUAUUUUGAUGUAUAAAUCAUAAAUAAGUUUUUCGGGCUUUUUCGACUGUUUUUAGUGCAAAGUUGACAAAGUCAAGUUUGUACUAUUGUCAUGAUGGGGUGCAAAGCAUUACGUCAUUACGUGACUCAACAAUGGAUCGAUCGAUGGAUGUAUAGUGCAAACAAUUCAAUCCGGGGGGAGCGCUUGCAAAUUAUUUCCGUAGCUUUGCAACGUUCGGCCAGCAUAUAGAUUAAAAAAUUUUCAAAUAGGAUUUUAUAUUUUUAUUCUCAACGACAGAUGUUUUUCUGAUUUACAUUAUCUAGCAUUUAGAGAAACAAUCAUAAAAUAAAUAUCAAUUUUAAGAUAUGAAUGGCUAAUAUAUGUAGGUACUUUCUCGCCCUCUGUGCAACAAAAUCAAAUGAAACAACACACGUGCAGACGUGCUCUGCACUGCGCCAAUUUUAAUAUGGCGGUGUCAGAGGAGUCACAGUACGAUGUUGUGUAUAGAACAGGUCGAUCAAAGUCAAAGAUGCAGUCAAUUUUAACCUUGUUUUUGGUGCUUAUAUUAUCUAACAAAGAAACAGAGUGAUACAGAAUAUAAAAAAGUGCCUGUGGUCAUGAUCGUUUUGAUAUAAAUUAGCUUACACAUUUUAUUAAAAAUAACUCAAUACCGUAUACUACCUAUAAUGGGUCGUAUAAGCAUAAACAACUCCCAUCUUAUAUUGCGAUAUUGUUGUAACUGUAAAAUGGAAAUUUUGCUCCGGAGCACAGGCAUGCAAAGAGACGAUGGUUCUUCAAUGUUUAUAUUAAAUAACGAUGGCAGCUAAUGUCAUCGAUCACAGGCUCUGACAACGGGCAAAUCUUACUGCAUUUAUAUUUCAGUACCAUCCAACUUUUAUUCCUGGAAUGGUAAUCAUUGAAGUUUGUUAACACUAUAACUAUACAGAGACAAUUUCCUACAGUACAGUACUGUACAUGUUAAUUAACAGGCCUGGAAAAUGUCCAGCAGCACUGCUGCCAGGAAAUGUUUCACAAAAUAUCUUCGCAGGAAAUUUUCUUGUACUUUCCAGGAAAUUCUUGUUACACAUAUUGGAAUGCCAUAUAAUUCCUAAAGCAUUUUGCAAGUCGCGAUUGUCUUGUGCCGAGAAUGAAGUUUAUCACAAUGUGCGGCACCAUACGUUCUCUGAAAUCUACAUUUCCAGGAAGUUUUUAUUUUUGUGUUUUGCUGCCAGGAAGAGAAAUAUAUUUUCUAGGCCUGGUUGAAUAACUUGAGAGUUGCAAGGUUCAACUACAGUAAUGUAUAUUUCUCUUCCUUAUGUAAUAUGUUGUUACACUAUGAGAGGUUCCAUACAAACUAUGAUAGUUAAAUGACAUAAAAGUAGAAAGACAUUGUUCCUCAACCUUGCUCUAUUUUGUAUAGGAACAAAUCUGGUUGGAUUCUUGGUUUACUGGAUUGGGAGUUUAUUUUUCUGCUUGGUUGAUUUAACGGGUAGACCAGCAUGGGUUUUACGUUACAAGAUCCAGGACAACAAGCAGGUUCCAGUAAGUAAAAACUUGCAUGCUAACAAUUUAGUAUUUUUAAACUCGCAUAAUGUAUAUAUGGUCUGGCUACAAAACCCCUAAUUGAUCAAGAUGUUUUUCACUAAUGUUUUUCUAGUAAAUAAGUAAAAUGAAGCAAGGAAUGCUAUAAAAGCAACUACAUAAAUGAUCAUACAUAGAAAAAAGGAACUGAUUCUGAAUUGUUUAUGUGGUUGGGUUCAUGCAUGCAAAACCAAAAUGACUUAAAUUUUAACGAGUAUAUCUUACUAUGUAUAAUAUAAUUAUGUUUUCGGACUUUAUUUAUUGUCGGGCCAGUUGCUGAGAGCCAUUGCAUUGACCAUUGAAGUGUGUUUUUACAUUUCUGUUACUGUGAACCCAUUAGUAUUUAUAUAAAUUUCUGGUCAUAAUAUUUUGUAAUUUUUUAUCAGGUUGAUCGAAAGAAAUUUAUAAAGGCAGUUCUUCUUGUUUUAUUUAACCAAACGAUUACCGUGCCAAUAUUUUCUGUCUUUUACUGGCUCUACAAAUGGCGUGGUUGUUCAUUUGGUCGUGAACUGCCGAGUUUCCAUUGGGUACUUUUUGAAAUUGGGAUGUUCACCUUGGUCGAGGAGUUCUUGUUUUAUUAUGCACACAGGUAAAGUAUUUGACUUCUGUGGUUGUACUUGACGUAAUUGUAGUAUAUGAGCUUUGGGUAUUUGACAAGAAAAUAUAUCGUUACAUUCUGACAGCACUGAAAUGGCCGUUGUUCCUUGAAAUUGCUAAUUCCCGCUUUAAUAUCUAAAAUUGACAUUAUAUGUGUAUAUAUAAUUCUGUUUGUUUGUCACAUACUGCUUGAAAUAAACAGCGCUUGAAGCCUUGAACAAGAUCAAAUUAUUGAUGCAUGGUUAGAAUUUACGUGCAUGUAAUAAAUGUUUGCCCACUGUGGAGAUGGUGUAACUACUGUAGGGUGUAACAAAUAGAAUAAUUUGAUUAUUCGUGCUAACACUAUAUGUAAUAUUAUUUAGGUUGCUUCAUCAUCCUCGUAUUUACAAGCAUAUUCACAAGAUUCACCAUGAAUGGACAGCUCCAAUCAGUAUCACCGCAGUUUAUGCUCAUCCUGUGGAACAUAUUAUCUCCAAUGUCUUCCCAGUAUUGAUGGGACCCUUGGUCAUGGGUUCUCAUAUUGCUACCGGUUGGUUAUGGUUUGCCGUGGCUAUCAGUACCACCCUUGUCUCACAUUGUGGUUACCAUCUGCCGUUGCUCCCGUCCCCCGAGGCUCACGAUUACCAUCAUCAGAAGUAAGUACAGUUGCUCAGGCUUUACUGUAGCAUAUAUAGUAGUCGUGCAUGAUGUUUGAAAAUAUUGCCAAAUUUUGUCAGAAUUUUCAAAAUAUCUCUUUUACCGUUCAAUCCUUACUCUGAAUUCAAAGCAAACUACCCAAGAGCUUGUUUAUAAAUUUGGAAAUAUUUCUUUAGGGAUCUUGUCUGACUCUGAAUCAGUAGGAGUUUUCUUCUCUGAAGUUUUGAAAUAAACAUACGUGCAGAAAUACAUAAACUAAAAUCGCAGGUUAAAUUUUAACCGAGGGUUAGCGCUAAUCCACCUUUGAACAACCAUUCCCGGGUGUUUUGCUAUUUGAUUUACAACAUUUCAAUAUUCAUUCGUUACCCUGGAGAGAGCACAGUAUACGUACUGUUAACAAUGUAUGCCAUAUGAUUUACUUUAUAAUGUGAUUGACAAGAUGCAUUGUGUGUUUUCCUAGGUUUAACCAGAACUUUGGCGUGCUUGGUGUCUUGGAUUGGCUCCACGGAACUGACGCCAUCUUCCGCCAAUCACGUGCUUAUGAUCGUCACGUGUAUUUCUUCAAUACUACAUCCAUGAAAGAAAUGUACCCGGAUGAUCCUGCCAAGGGAUGUAAGAAAAAUUGAAUCUCUUUGUGAUUGACAUAUUUAACUAUGUGAAGCGACCAGUUAUAUUUAUCUGGAAGAGAGAAAGUAUCUUUAAUGUUAUAUGUAUAUAUUAAUAAUUAUUAUCUUUAUGGUGUGGAUCGGAUUUCUUUGAAAUCUAAGAUCAAUGUAAUAUAUAGAAAGAAAUAAAGUGUGGUCAUGCAUGGGCUUAAUUUUGUGAUUUUUUUGUUAUAAAGUUUUGGUUGGUUGCAGGCAGGGCCGUCCCGAGCGGUAUCUGGUUGGGGG